AUGAUUUGUUGGUGUCAACAAUGGUUAUGCUUCUCGAAAAAGAAGAAAAAAGUCGACUGUUCAAUAAUUGAUUUGGAUGAGAAAGAAGAUCACAUUCCACCAUUAUCAGAGGACCUUCUCGUCGUUGUCACGGGUAGUAUGACAUUUGGUACGCAUUUUGAUAAGUAUGAGCAGUGGAUUAGACUCUUGAAAAAGGUUAUGGACCAGAAACGAGAUGAGACAAGAGAAUAUCCAUUCCGAAGACUUUCAGUCCAGAAAUAUCGAAAGCGUUCGAUCAAACUAAAUCCGCUCAACUCCCUCCAAACACUUCAUGGCAAUCUUAUCCGGACAAGAACCAAUACUAUAUUCUAUGCAACACAGAUGCCAAUGGAAAAUGUGGAUACUCUGGUUGACACUCGUAUUGAUUUUCUCGCAUUGAUCAUGAAGGAUGAAAUCGAAAUCGUUGUGAUGUUGGGUCCGACUCGACCUUUUGACGGAAAGCAGUAUGUUGCGUUGAAUGGAAUGUAUUUCUGUGAAGCAACCGGAGGAAUUGUAUCGAUUGGAUCGUAUAUUGUGGAGACUGUGAAAGAGGAACCAUUUCUGAUUAAUGGAGUGCAUUUCAAGGAUAUUUCAAUGAGAACACUCAAGAUUACUGAUAAGAAGAAACAGUCUCGAACAAUCAGACAAUACCAAUAUACCACAUGGAAUGAAAAGGAAAACCCACCACCGAAUGGAUAUGAAACUGUUUAUGAGCUUAUGAAGAGAGUCAAGAUGUCUCAGAAACCAAUAAUGGUUCAUUGCACAUAUGGUAUUGGUCGUACAAUGUUAUUCAUAGGGCUCGAGUACAUAACGAGUCACUUGGAGAUACAUGACGACUGGACUUUCAAGGACGCUUUUGAGAAAUUGAUCGAAAAACGUUAUUGCUCAUUUCUAAAUGCUGGACAAAUCGGAUGGUUGGAAGUUGGUGUUGUAUAUUUCAUGGUCAGAAAAUAUGAACUCGAAUGGGUCAUGUUUGAAGAAUUCAAUAGAAAGUAUUUGGAGAUGUGCCAGGGGAGUUGGGGUCCCGGAGGAUAUGGUGCCAAGUGA